CGACAGAGGGCGAAUGCACAAAAGAUGGCCGCUCCCUAUUUGUUUGUAGUUAGGUGAAGUGAUCUUUUUUAUUGUGUUAUAAACUGACGAAAGAAAAGAGAAAGAGAUAUUUCAAAAAAUUGAACAUGGAUUCGCAACAAAUGCAAAAUCAGGCAAAUUUUCCGAAGAGUAAUACUUAUCCUCCGUUUGGCUUACAGUAUCAGAACUCAAAUGUCGGUACGAAUCAGAAUUACCCGGCAAAUGUACCAACUCCGCAGUUUGACAUGCAGAAGAAUCUCUCUUAUCCUCCGCCUUUGACGCCGUAUCAGACCACUCAGUCUUGUUUGUAUAAUCAGUCUUUUCCUCCGUUUAAUCAGAUGCCUCCUCCUCCUCCUCCUCCUCCUCCUCGGAACGGUCCGUAUCCGCCUUCUUUUCCGUCCGUCGACGUCCCUCCUCCUCGGUACCCUCCCGCGUUCUCUCAAGCUGCCGUGCCUUCCAUGCAGCAAUACGUGCCCCCUCCUAAUUAUGUGAAUACGGCAAAUUAUCCUCAGCCGACGAGUUAUCAGCCAUAUGGAAAUUAUUAUAAUGCUCUGAAUGUGGGUGUGAAUGCCAAUUGUCAGCUCGGUAAAACCCAAGAAGAGCUGGAUAAAGAAUGGAUAGGACAGUUUCUGUUGGUUAAAGGAAAACAAAAACUCCAUCCGAGUAAAGAAGUCGAAAUAAUUAUUCCCGAAGUACAGAAUCUACUACACAAAAUAUUUGCGUUAAUAGCAAGACUGUCAAAGAUAAGAGAUAACUUGAAAGCAAAAUCCUCAAACAUGGAAGAUGAAGUGUGGAAAUCUGAAUUAAAAGUGGCAUAUGGUAUUAUGGACAAAAUAAACCUGAUUAGUGACAGUUUGUUUCAACCAAAAAUUAUCGAAAGACUGACACACAAAAUGAGGAAAAUAAAAAAGAAACGUGAGAGACAGAGAAAACAGCGAGAGACGAUUAAAAGGGAGAAACUGGAAGAAAAUAACAGAAGAGACGAGCUGGAUCGACAGAUCGACUGCUGGAUAGAAAGAGAACGAGAGAAAGUACUACAAGAGAAAAGGGAAGAAGAAUUGAAGAAAGAUGCGGAUAACAUAUUGUCCGAAGUGAGGAAGAAGAUUCACGAAGCCAAACGGACACAGGAGAAACUUAAAGCACUGGAGAAACUAAGACAGACGAGAAAGGACGAUGCCGAGAAAAAAGCUUUUCACAUACGUUCGGAAUUGGAUGAAAGUUUCAAGAAUGAAAUAUCGAAAUUAAGAGAAAUUGUCCAGAAACAGCUGACAGACUACAAUGCAGAGGAAAAGGCUCUAAAAGUGAUGCUGGAAACAGAACAGGAGGGUCAACGGGAGCAGGAAGAAAUGAAUCGUAAAGAGAGACAAGAGAAGUUAUUAAAUAUGAUGCAAAAUGAGAUUAUAGAAUGCUUAUUUGGAGAAACGAAUAUAACAGAUCCCAAUCACCCUUUGUGGUAUUUUUAUCAGUUUUAUACUCAAGCGGAGUCAAAUUUAGAUGCAUUAUUACAAAUAAGGCAUCAGUGGGACAUGUACCUGGUGGUGUCGUCCGACAAGAAUGGAAGCAACAUCCCCGUCCACUGGGUCACACCGGAUUGUCCAAGUAACGAAGUUUGGGCUUCGGUCCUCCAGACAGAAAGUGGCGAGUAAUCUUCGUUUGUUUUAAUGUUACGCAAUAAAAUAAUUGUCAUACUCUUGUAAAUAUUAAUUUAAUUUAAUGUAAAUAAAAAUU